GCCCACCAUCACACAAACUCACCAAAAACAUAGCUCUGUGCUAUAAACACACUCAUACAGAGAGAGGGAGAGAGAGAGAGAGAGAGAUUUUGUGAUUGUUGUGAAAUGGAUAAAAGCUGUCAAUCUUCUGCAGAGUCUACAACUACUAGUGUCACCACAUCCUCUGCUACUGGUAGCAACAAUACUAGUAGCAGAGAACAUUAUCUGAGGCACCUCAACAAGCUUUCUCAAAAGAUCUCCAAACCCAUCAUUAAAAAACCAACCUUUGAUUCUUCUACUUCUUCUCAAAACCAACAACAACAACAACAACAACAACAACAACCCCAACAAAACAACACCUUCAAUAAUCAGGGACAAGCACAGGCACAGGCACAGGCACAACAGAACCUGCAGCAUCAACCACCUGUGUACAACAUCAACAAGAACGACUUCAGAGAUGUGGUUCAAAAACUGACGGGCUCACCUGCACACGACCGCAUCUCAACACCCCCACCUAUUCAACAACCCAAACCACCAAGCUCUCGCCUUCAGCGUAUUCGCCCUCCACCGUUACCACAAAUUACAAACCGCCCACCCUCGCUUCUCGGCCGUCCUCAACAGCCUCAACCGAACAUCAACGUUAACGCCGUUUCCUUCAACAACUUUUCCGGGUUCGGAAGACCGUUAUCUCCGCUACCGCCGUUUCCCACCGUCCACGCACCUGCUGAGUCUCCUAUCUCCGCAUACAUGCGUGAUCUGCAGAAUCUGGUCUCCACCAUGGAUUCAACCUCGAAGCAGUUUUCGGGUUUUCCCUCCUUAGCUCCUCAAGCUCAGCCUCAGCCUCAGCAUCAGCAUCAGCCUUCGCCUCCGCCUCCGCCGGAGCAACAGCAGGGGAUGGUUCCGUCUCAAACGCCGUCGGUGUUUCAGAUGCCUUCUUCGCCGGUCCCUUUUGGAUGCUUGAAUUCGCCGCUAUCGUCUUACCCAUUGCUGUCGCCGGGUCUUCUGUUUUCCCCCAAUUCGGGUCAAUUAGGGUUUCCACAGCUUCCCCCCCUUUCGCCGUCGGUGCCUGUUCCCAGCCCUCGAUGGAGAGGCCUUUGAACUUGUUGGUUCGGGUCGGGUGAGGUAAGCAUGGUCAGAAUCAUCAAUCAUCUAGUUUCGGCUCUCUCAGGUUUUAGGAUUUGUUUAUUGUGGGUUCUGUUGUUACCUGUACAUGGUUUUAGGUGGUGGUGGAGAGAAUGGGAAUGAUAAUUUAUUCAAUUUCUGGUGGUUGGACUCAAACUAGUCCACAGCUGCUUAGUUUAUUCUGUAAAUGGGGAUAUCAAAGACAUGAGAAAGGAACAAUUUUUCAUUUGUUUCUGCUUUUUUGGGAUAUGGGAAGAAGAAGAAGAAGAAGAAGAAGAAGAAGAAGAAGAAAAAGAUUAGAUGUUAUACAAAUAUAGUGGGAUGGAUCAUGCUGAUUUUAAUAUAAAA